UGUUUUGGAGCCGUGAGGGAUACAGCAGUUUGAUCAGUAUUGUCUUAACAUGCUUCAAAUAAAUCAGCUUCUCUCCACGAUAAAAUGGCAAACCCCAAAGAGAAAACUCCAAUGUGUCUGGUAAAUGAGUUAGCCCGUUUCCAUAGCAUCCAACCCCAGUAUAAGCUUCUGAGUGAAAGCGGGCCUGCUCAUUCCAAGAUGUUCUCGGUGCAGCUGAGUCUUGGCGAGCAGACAUGGGAGUCCGAAGGGAGCAGUAUAAAGAAGGCCCAACAGGCUGUUGCUAAUAAAGCUUUGACGGAAUCUACGCUUCCCAAACCAGUUCAGAAACCACCCAAAAGUAAUGUUAAUAAUAACCCAGGUAGCAUAACUCCAACUGUGGAACUGAAUGGGCUUGCUAUGAAAAGGGGAGAGCCUGCCAUCUACAGGCCGUUAGAUCCAAAGCCAUUUCCAAACUAUAGAGCUAAUUACAACUUCCGCGGCAUGUACAAUCAGAGGUAUCAUUGCCCAAUGCCGAAGAUUUUUUAUGUUCAAUUGACUGUAGGAAAUAAUGAGUUCUUUGGUGAAGGGAAGACUCGACAAGCUGCCAGACAUAAUGCUGCAAUGAAAGCCCUUCAAGCACUGCAGAAUGAACCUAUUCCAGAAAAGUCUCCCCAGAAUGGUGAAUCAGGAAAAGAAAUGGAUGAUGACAAAGAUGCAAAUAAAUCUGAAAUAAGCUUAGUGUUUGAAAUUGCUCUGAAGAGAAAUAUGCCCGUCAGUUUUGAGGUUAUUAAAGAAAGCGGACCCCCUCAUAUGAAGAGUUUUGUUACCCGGGUGUCAGUGGGAGAAUUUUCUGCAGAAGGAGAGGGAAAUAGCAAAAAGCUGUCCAAGAAGCGUGCGGCAACCACUGUCUUACAGGAGCUUAAAAAACUCCCACCUCUUCCUGUGGUAGAAAAGCCAAAACUAUUUUUUAAAAAACGCCCUAAAACAAUAGUAAAGGCUGGCCCUGAGUACGGUCAAGGAAUGAACCCCAUCAGCCGCCUGGCCCAAAUCCAGCAGGCCAGAAAGGAGAAGGAGCCUGAUUACGUCUUACUUUCUGAACGAGGGAUGCCUCGCCGUCGAGAGUUUGUGAUGCAGGUCAAGGUGGGCAAUGAAGUUGCUACUGGAACAGGACCUAAUAAAAAGAUAGCCAAAAAGAACGCUGCAGAAGCGAUGCUGUUACAGCUUGGCUAUAAAGCAUCCACUAGCCUCCAGGAUCAGCUAGACAAGCUGAACAGACAUCUAAAGUAUACUUACUCUUAUCAGUACCCAAUUAAUACUCAGGGUAUUCAGAGGAUCCGAAUGCACAGAACUUUUUCCUUGAGGAAGAAGCCUCAAAACGCACAGCUGAACUGUGUCAGAGGAAACUACCUCCUUCUCUCCUGCACCCGGGAUCCAGAUUAUGCCAGCUCUCGUUCCACUCUGACUCCAAAAGGAAUUCUUCAUCUUUCUCCUGAUGUUUAUCAAGAGAUGGAAGCCAGCCGCCACAGAGUGACCUCUGGCACGACUCUAGGCUACCUGUCACCCAAAGAUAUGAACCAACCUUCAAGUUCUUUCUUCAGCAUGUCUCCCUCAUCGGCUAGUUCAGCCACAGUUGCCAGGGAACUCCUUAUGAGUGGAACAUCUCCAACAGCUGAAGCCAUAGGUUUAAAAGGAAGUUCUCCUACUCCCCCUUGUUCUCCAGUACAGCCUUCAAAACAACUGGAAUAUUUAGCAAGGAUUCAAGGCUUUCAGGCAGCUCUAAGUGCCUUGAAACAGUUUUCUGAACAAGGACUGGAAUCAAUCGAUGGGGCAGUGAACGCUGAAAAAGGCUCCCUUGAAAAACAAGCCAAGCACCUACGAGAGAAAGCCGACAAUAACCAGGCGAACCCGGGCUCCAUCACUCAGGACUGCAAGAAAUCAAAGUCGGCCAUCUAGCAGCUCCCAGAACCCAUGGCUGCCACCGCGUCCUUAUAAAGCUGUCAGCACGCAUGAGGGUGUCUGUGUUCAAGGAAAUGAAUGACUAGUACCAUUGUCUGAGUCUUAUGUGUGUGAAGACAACACUAUUCUAACACAAGGAUAAUGUACGGGGUACUGUUUGUUCAACUGGGGGAAAAUAAGACUCUGAGCAUUUCCCUUGGAACUUGAGAUCAGAUCAUAGCUCCUUUGCCCAGAGGCAGCAGAGAUCUGAUCCCACUACCAGAGCUUAAAAAUAACCAUUAAUGAAAGGUGUAAGAAACAAGGCUAAAGUUUUGAAAUGAUUCAUAGCCUGGUUUGGGUUGGGUUCUGUCCUUAACGGUUGUUUUGUCGUGGCGAUUGUGUCGUUAUACUCUCUCGUUUGAAAUAAUGCUUGACAAUUGAGAAAUUUAACCAAUGAUGUGCUGUGGAAUGUGAUGGUUGUCUUCAUAUAGUCGUACCGUUUCUCCUCUUAUGCAGAUAUUUGUAACCUUCAUCUUGCAAACACACACGCACACACAUACACACAUGCAUAUACGAAUCACUUUAAGGUGCAUUGCACAAAGAUGGAUGCAAAUAACUGUGUUGAGAUCGGAUCAGAUGAUUGACUUAAAAUAUAAAAUAAUGCUAGGAACAAGUAGUUUCCAUGUCUUUCGGGACUUUUAAAGAGGCAAAAUGAAACAAAACCAAGCAGUUGUGGGUUUUGCACUACAUGACGCCAUGAGCCAUUGAGGGGGCGUCUUGCCUCUGCACGUCUACCCCGUUGUGGAAAUUGUGCCCACCCCCAUCUGUGUGUUGUAGUCCCUCACUGUUUGCACCGAGUGUCUUCAGUAACUGCCUCUGGACUCAGGACAGUGAGUAGGAUCAAGAUAAACACUGUACAUGGUGGGGACGGGAAAGCUUGUUGAAGCGUCUAGCUAACCACGCUCUGGUCCAGCAUGUCGGAAUCCACCGUGGGGCAAAUGCAGUAAAGAUUUGGUCGGUUU